ACAAAUUAUAUAUUAUUCAAAUGUCGCUGGGUUGCACUAAAUCCUUCAAAGUAAAUACGUGAAACGAGAGACAUUUCAGAAUGUCCGUCUAUGUGUUUGUAUAUAUAUAGAUGUAUUCAUAUAAAGAUAGUAAGUAACGUUUCGAAUGUUCAUUCUUAUCUGGUGUUGAUAGUGGUAAAACGAAGUCUGAAUACAGCCUAUUGAAGAGGGUCAGAAUUGUCCGAGUUUACUCAGGUCCCGCAGUUUCAGUUAGUGUUUGGUGCAGUGAAGAUGUUUGGGCCACCAGCUGUGGUGUGCCUCUGGCUCGUUCUCCUCACGGGGGCGGCGAACGCGAAGAUCCUAACACCCCCGUACUUUAAUUUAGCCCAAGGGCGGAGGGUCUCGGCCACCGCUACCUGCGGCGAAGACACCGGAGGCCCGGAGCUCUACUGCAAACUGGUAGGACCGACGAACGCCGAGAACGAUGUCAACACCAACGUUAUACAAGGACAACAUUGCGACGAAUGCGAUCCAUCCAAGCCGAAAAAGAAUCACAGGCCGGAGAAUGCGGUGGACGGCAAAGAGACCUGGUGGCAGAGUCCUCCCUUAUCCCGUGGAAUGAAAUACAACGAAGUCAAUUUCACGAUUGAUCUGGGACAGGAAUUUCACGUGGCUUACGUGUAUGUGAAAAUGGGUAAUUCGCCCAGACCAGGAUUGUGGGUGUUGGAAAAGUCCGUAGAUUACGGAAAGACGUUCAGCCCGUGGCAAUACUUUGGCGAAUCACGUGCAGAUUGCAUGGCGCAUUUCGGUGAUAAAUCUUUGGAUCCCAUCACCAAGGAUGAUUCGGUGAUUUGCACCACGGAUUAUUCCAAGAUCGUACCGCUGGAAGGUGGCGAAAUUCCCAUCCCUCUGCUGAAAGACCGUCCAUCGGCCAGCCAUUAUUUCAAUUCCAGCGUAUUGCAAGAAUGGACGAGAGCUACCAAUGUUCGUUUGAGGAUGUUAAGGACCAAGAAUCUUUACGGACAUUUAAUGUUCGUAGCCACGCAAGAUACGACCGUCACCAGAAGAUUCUUCUAUUCCAUCAAGGAUAUCAGUAUUGGUGGAAGAUGCAUGUGCAACGGUCACGCUGACAGUUGCGAUAACAGAGAGACUUCCGAUCCGGGAAUUCUGGUCUGCGGUUGCAGACACAACACCUGCGGAUCUAAAUGCGAUUCCUGUUGUCCAGGCUUCGAGCAGAAGGCUUGGAGACAAUCGAAAUCUUCGGCACCCUUUGAAUGCGAACCUUGCAACUGUUUCGAUCAUAGCAACGAGUGCAUCUACGACGCCGAGGUCGACAAAAACCAACAAUCCCUCGACAUCCACGGUAAAUACGAUGGAGGAGGCGUCUGCCAGAACUGUCAACACAACACAGAGGGCAUCAAUUGCAACCGCUGCAAGACAAAAUUCUAUAAGCCGUACAGCAAACAUUGGAAUGAAACGGACGUGUGUCACCCUUGCGAUUGCGACAAGUUCUAUUCGACCGGAGAUUGCGAGGAAGGAUCCGGUCGAUGCACGUGCAGGCCGGAAUAUCAAACACCGAAUUGCGAUUCAUGUAGUUUCGGGUAUUACGGAUAUCCUGAGUGCAAAAGUUGCGAAUGCUAUUUGAAUGGUACCCUCAAUUUGCAAUGCGAGCAAGAAGAAGGCACCUGCAACUGCAAAAACAACUUUGGCGGCAGUACCUGCGGCGAAUGUGCCGAUGAAUUUUACAAUUUCCCAGAGUGCGAACCUUGCGAGUGUAAUCCGCUCGGAGCCAUCUCAUCGAUUUGCGACAAAGACUCUGGAACUUGUACGUGCAAGAGCAAUUACGGCGGAAAACAAUGCUCCGAUUGCCAACAUGGAUACUUCAACUAUCCUAGCUGCACGUAUUGCCAAUGCGAUGUUAAAGGAACCCAGUCUGAUAUUUGCGACAAGGAAAGCGGAAAGUGCAUCUGCAAGGAAGGUUACGGAGGAGAGAGAUGCGACCAAUGCGUCCCUGGUUACUUUGGAUAUCCCGAAUGCAAACCUUGCAAUUGCAGUCAGAUCGGUUCGCAAUCGGUCGUUUGCGAUACCACUGGAAAAUGUCCCUGCCUUUCCAAUUUCGCAGGAAGAACAUGUAACGUUUGCAGUCCCGGUUACUACAACUAUCCAGAGUGCUUGCCUUGCAAUUGCGACGAUCACGGCUCUAAUGGAAUCACCUGCAAUUCCCAAGGUAUAUGUCAGUGCCAUUAUAAUUUCGAUGGAACGCUGUGUAAUCGUUGCAAAGAUGGCUUCUACAACUUCCCCAGUUGCGAGGAAUGCAACUGCAAUCCAGCCGGUGUUGUCGCCGCCUUUGCCGGUUGCGGAUCCGUGCCAAAAGGUGAACUGUGUCUGUGCAAAGAUCGCGUUGAAGGCAGAAUCUGCGACAAAUGUAAACCCCUCUAUUGGAACUUGAACACCAUGAAUCCCGAAGGAUGUGUUGAAUGUAAAUGCCACGAACCCGGAAUCCUAGGUGGAAUAGCAGUAUGCGAUCGCGACGACGGUCAAUGCAUGUGCAAACCUUCUGUCGUUGCUAGAGGUUGCUCCGAAUGCGAUGAUGGCACCUACAAUCUCAGGAAGGACAAUCUGUUUGGAUGCACAGAUUGUCAAUGCGAUGUCGGAGGUUCGGUCGGUCCAGUUUGCGAGAAGUCUCAAGGCCAAUGUCACUGCCAACCGAGAAUCACCGGUAGAACUUGCAACGAACCCAUCCAGGCCCAUUACUUCCCAACACUCUACCAGUACCAAUUCGAAGUAGAAGACGGAACGAACCCGGAUUUGACAAAUGUUCGAUACUACUACAAUGAAACAGAGUUCCCAGGUUACUCCUGGAAAGGCUACGCUGUUUUCUCACCGUUACAAAGAGAAGUAAUCUUGGAAAUCAAUAUCUACAAGCCGUCUUUGUACCGUAUGGUAAUUCGUUACGUGAAUAAACACGCAGAGGCGGUCACUGGGACCAUAAAGAUCAUUCCUGAUAAUCCGCAAAACGCGGAGCAAAAGCAUUCCGUCAUCUUCAAGAGCAGCGAGCAACCGAGCUUCGAAACAGUUUCCAUGGGCAAUAUUCCAAAUCUCUUCGUGAUGGAUACCGGUAAAUGGAAUGUCAGCAUCACCAUUAACAAAGACCUGCUGAUCGAUUACUUCGUUUUAUUACCGGAGGAAUAUUACAUGGCAAGGAUAUUGAAUCAGAAAGUGCUUACUCCUUGUACUAUCGACAACGAAGACCUGUGCAGAAUGUAUAGUUACCCUAACACCAAUAACUAUCAUUACAACCUUGGUCUUGGUGGUUACAUUGAUAUCGGGGGAGGAGCCUUCUCCAUGCUAACCGAAUACUAUGACAACUUCAACCACUUGAAUCAUCUCAACCUGAAAGACUCUUUACCAAUGCUGAACGAGAAUCAGAACACAAUCGACUAUAACAUUACGGUUGCUAAGCCCGGAAAAUAUGUCGUAUUGGUGAAUUACAUUACACGACAAGGCGACGAAAGCAGUUAUACGGUAGGCGUGAAGGUGUUGAACAACAAUGAUGUCCGUGACUACAAUGGGGAUCGCGUCGAGAUGUACAACUGCCCGUACAGUUUUAUUUGCAGACAGGUGGUUGUUAAAGAUUCCGGCGUUGUUGGCGUCUACAAUGUAGACGACAAUUUGAUUCACAUACGGUUGCAUGGAGAAAACACGAACGUCGGUAUUCAAUCUAUCGUUGUAUUGUCCUACGAAGAAUGGUCUUUGGACUUUAUCAAACCCAGUUCAGUUUGCAUUAUGAAGGAUGGCGAAUGCACACAAUCCUCCUUCAUCGAUCCGCAAGAAUCGAAAAAAAUUAUAUUCAAAAAGGAAGCUAUUGUCCACGAUGGCAAAGAAAAAAUGACCGUUUCCAUUGCCAACACCACCUACGUGUACAUGAAUCACGACGAUAAAGUUAUCGAUGUGAGGUCAAAAGUACCAUCACCCGGUUUUUAUUCCUUUAUCGUACAUUAUCAUCAACCUGAGUUUGCAGAAUACGAUAUUGAUAUAUUGGUGCAAAACGGAAUGUUCUACGUAGGAAAAUUGCCAGUCAAACAUUGUCCAUCAACAUCAGGAUGCAGGGCGUUAGUCGUCCAAAAAGAUGGGAAUACGAAGAUUUCUCUAACAGAAAACUUUAUGAUAACAUUAAAGGUCCCUAAGGGCAAAGAAGUUUACCUGAAUUACCUUCUGGUCGUGCCACACGACUUUUACAACGAUCGCAUUUUGGAAGAGGAAGCGUUGGAUCGAACCGGAGAGUUCAUUAAAAAUUGCGGCAAAAAUCAUUUCGACAUCGACGUGGAAGCUAAAGGCUUUUGCAGAGAUUCUGUAUUUUCUAUCACGUCGGGCUACAAUAACGGCGCGUUAAAUUGUCAGUGCGACUACGACGGUUCGUUAAGUUUCGAAUGCGAUACAUUCGGCGGUCAAUGCCAAUGUAAACCCAAUGUUAUCGGAAGACAGUGUUCUAUUUGCCAAACCGGAUUCUAUGGAUUCCCCGAUUGCAAACCGUGCAAUUGCUCGAGUACCUCCACCUGCGAUCCUAACACCGGAGACUGCAUCUGUCCACCAAAUGUUGUGGGAAAGAUGUGCAACGAGUGCGAUGUGCACACAUACGGUUAUGAUUCAUUCAGUGGAUGCCAAGAGUGCAAAUGCAAUCCUUUGGGCGUGGAUAGUUUGCAGUGCGACAUCAACAAAGGCAACUGCCCUUGCAAAGACAACAUUGUUGGACGUAAAUGCGACUCUUGCAUGGCUGGUUAUUACGCUUUCCCGCAUUGCUCGCAGUGCGACUGUCUGUUGCAAGGUACGACCGAGGAUAUUUGCGACCAAGAGUCUGCUGAAUGUUUCUGUAAGAAGUUCGUGAUCGGUGCGGCAUGCGAUAUUUGCAAGGAUGGCACGUUUGAUCUGCAAGAGUACAACGAAGAUGGCUGCAGGGAAUGUUUCUGUUUCGGCAAGACGGAGAGAUGCUCAAGUUCAAAUCUGCUCAGAUACAAUAUCCACGAAAUGGACAACUGGAGUGUCUCCGAGGUCAUUGUAAACGACGAGUCCUUGCAUAUUGAGAACAUCAACAUCGAAAUGUACAAGGAAGAGAACUCCGUUACCAUUGAUUUGGCCGAUGAGUUCAUGAGCGACAAAACAGUUUAUUUCUCAGCGCCCGACGUAUAUUUAGGGAAACAACUUACCAGUUACGGUGGUUAUCUGAAUUACACUAUUUCCUAUACCAUAGGAGAUUUAGGAAAGGCAACAAUGAGACCCGACAUUAUUCUAGAAGGCGCCAAUAACUACCUUGUGCAUAACGGAUACGAACAACCACCGGUCGAGCAAAAAUAUGUAAACUUGUUAGAAAUUGUCGAAAGCAACUUCCAAUUACCUAACGGGGUUCCUGCAAAACGAGAGGAUUUGAUGAUGAUACUCAAAGAGGUUAAAGGAAUCUACAUACGCGCAACAUACUGGAGUAUCACGGAAACAUCAAAACUUGAAAAUGUUUACUUGGACAAUGCCGUAAAAAGUAUCAACGCCAGUGGAUUCUUCGACAUCGCUAGCUCCGUAGAAGAUUGCGACUGUCCAAUAAACUACCAAGGUUUCUCCUGCGAAGAAUGCGCACCGGGUAACUAUCGCAAGGGCGAAUAUUGUGUGCCAUGCAAUUGCAACGGACACGCCGACGAAUGUGACGUCAACACUGGAAUAUGCUUGAAUUGUAGUCAUAACACCUAUGGUGAUCACUGUGAAAUGUGCGAAGUUGGUUACUACGGCAAUGCCCUUCAUGGUACACCUAGGGAUUGUUUGAUUUGCGCCUGUCCAUUGCCCAUAGCGAGUAAUAAUUUUGCCACCGGAUGCGAAGUCACCCCCGACGGCGAGAAAAUUAGCUGCGAGUGCAGAGACGGCUACAACGGCGCUAGAUGCCAGUCGUGUGCUCCAGGUUAUUACGGACGUCCAGAAGUUGCAGGCGAUUACUGCAAGAAGUGCGAAUGUUCUGGUAACAUUAAUUUCGAGCUUGGAUCUUGCGACACUGUGACUGGGGAAUGUCUAAAAUGUUUGAAUAACACUUUUGGUGAGGCUUGCCGGUACUGUGCUCCCGGAUUCUUUGGUGAUGCAGUAACUCUAAAGAAUUGCCAGAAUUGCAUCUGUCACGAAGAUGGAUACGAAAAGUGCGAUAAUGACUCUGGCACUUGCAUUUGCAAAAAGAAUGUUGUUGGAGAGAAAUGUGAUAGAUGCGAGGUGAACCAUUAUGGCUUCCAGAAUGGCGAAGGAUGCGAUAGUUGCAACUGUUUCGAGGCUUCCAAGAGUUCCCAAUGCGACGAUACCUCAGGACAAUGCAGUUGUAAACCAGGCGUUACUGGAAGGAUGUGCGAUAAGUGUGAAUCAGGCUUUUGGAAUUACACAUCGGAGGGAUGCGUCUCUUGCGGAUGCAAAAAUGAAUAUUCUUUGGGUUUCGGUUGUAAUGCGGAAACUGGGCAGUGCGAAUGUCUACCGGGUGUGAUUGGAGAUAAAUGCGACAAGUGUCCUUAUCGUUGGACAUUUGUUCAAAAUUAUGGUUGUUUCGGUUGCGACAGUUGCAUUCAUGACUUGCUCAAUUUUACGGAUGAAUUAGGAAACGACAUCGACCCAAUACUCGACGAGUUUAAUACGGCACAAUCUGGUUACUUCACGGCUCGCAAAUUGGUUCACAUCAACGAUACCAUCAAUGAAUUGAAGCCAAAGGUUUUGCAGCUCAGUCCCGACCAAAUCAAUUUGAAGCCAAUUCUUAAAGAGCUUGAAAGCAUGGAGCAAGACUCUAACAAUAUGAAUAGAAAAGUUACAUACUCUCUGGAUAAUAGCUACGAAUUAGCAAAGGAGGCCGGAGAUAUAGCGGCCAGGAGCUUGGAGAUGUUUGAAAAGGCCGAGAUGGAGUUGGACAAUGUUCAAAAUACCAUCGCCGAUAUCAAUGAUCUUGCUAAUAACUUGGAUAACCACGAAGGACCUAAAAUUGACACGGCAUUGGAGAAAGCUGAGGAAAUAAUGAACACAAUUAAGUCAUACAAUUUAUCUAAGAAAGAGGAGGUAGCCAGCGAUAAAUUGAACGAUGUAUUGGAUCUGCUGAAAAGAUUGGAGAACUACAAGGAACCUGUGGACGUUGUAAACGAUGAUAUUAUGGAUGUUAAGGAUGCGUUGAAGACAUUUAACAUGCAGUUGGAUGACUUGGCCAAUCAAACCCAAUAUUCACUUGCCAAAUCCAAAGAAGCCAAAGAAUUAUACGACAAAAAUGGAAUGGAUCGUUUGAAGAAGAAAUUGGAUAAUAUUAAGAUGCAAACAGAAGAAACUGAAAAGAAUUUGAUUGAAAGUAGAAACUAUAUAAAUAACGCCAGCAAGUUGUUGAAUGCCACGAAAUAUCAAUAUGAUGAUGUACAUACUGGUAUCGACGAAAUUAACGACUUGAAUGUAGAACUGAACAUGACUUUGGAAACAAGUAUGCUGACUCUGGAUAAGGUCAGGGUCUUGGAACCGCAAGUAAUGAAGCAUGCAAAUGAGCUGAGCGAUAGGGCUCAAGCUUUGGAUAAUAUGUUGCGUGAAACAAGAACUUCUUCGGAGAAUGCUGUGAAAGCGGCCACCGCGUACAACGAAAUUAACAAAGCCAUCGACGCAGCAAGAAGUGCGGCAGAAUCUAGCAAAGAGCAAGUCGACGAUACUGUAAUUCUUUUGCAGAACAUCGAAAUGGAAACUUUAGAGUCCGAUGAAAAAUCAAGUACCUUACUAGACGAUGCUCACGAUGCAUCUAAGAACAUCAAAGAAUUGAUUCCAAACAUCGAAGAUAUCAAGAACAAAUCGAGACCUAUCAGGGCGUUGAGCGAUAGGAACGAUGAGCAAUUGAAGAAUCUCAUUAAAAAACUCGAAAACUUCCAAAUAAAUCCAGUCGAUGACAUCCUAUUGGCAGCAAAGGAGAACGCCGAGGAAGCCGAUACGAAAACUGCAGAGACACUGCAGGAGUUGAACACAGGCUUCCAAGGGAUUGGAAACUUGUCUGUAUCUUCUAAGCAGCUCCCAAUUAAACUAUACGAUGCAUCUAGGGAUAGGCUGCAAGUAAUUAAGCAAUUGGAAACGUUGGACGAGAAGUUGCCGGAGAUUGUAAAAUCGAUACGGGACUUACCUUCCAUGCAAUCUCAUUCAAAGCUAACCGGCGACAUCGAAUCCAAGAUCAACAAGCUGAAUGAACAGAUUGCUUUGGCAAGAGACAUUGCGAACAGAAUUGAAGUCGGCGUUAAAUUUAACCCGAGUACCACGCUGGAGUUACGCAAUCCUGAUAAUUUAGGGGAUCUGAGCACUUCCACUCAAAUCUCCGGAUACUUCCGCACAGAAAAACCAAAUGGUUUAUUGCUGUACGUUGGAAAUGGCAAAGGCACCAACUUGAGAAGAACUAAAUCUGAUGACUAUAUGGCUCUGGAAAUUGAAAACGGUUAUCCAGUCCUGACUCUUGAUCUGGGCAACGAUGCAGAGAGAAUUAUCAACGAUAAGUAUGUUUCUGAUAACAACUGGUAUCAAUUCAUUAUUGACCGCACCGGAUUAAAUGCCAAGUUGACAAUUAAAGAAGAAUUAAAUGGAAAAAUCAAAGAGACUGUGGCCGAUCAGCAGCUGGAAGGACCGUAUUCAAUCUUCAACUUGGAUAAGAACUAUUCCAAGAUAUUCGUUGGUAGCUAUCCUCUAGAGUUUAAAAUGCAGGAUAAGGUCAUGCAGAAUUCGUUCGAGGGUGAGGUCGAAGGCCUAGUCAUUGGAGAGACUCCAGUUUCACUAUGGAAUUUCAACAAGGGUUACGAUAAUAACCAAGGCGCGCAAGAGAGGGACAAAUUGAAGGCGGUCCACAGCACCGGCUGCAGAUUUAAUGGAAAUGGAUAUGCCAUUGUUAAUUCAAGGAGUUAUCAAUUGAGAGGCAGAUCCACUGUUCAAUUGAAAUUUAAGACUUUCGCCAGCGAAGGUCUUAUGUUCUUGUAUGGCAAUGAGAAAACGUUCAUCUCAUUGGAGCUGAGAAAUGGAAAAAUCUUGUACAAGUAUAAUCUGGGAAGCGGUACCAAGAUUUGGCAUACUUCUAGUGCUUUCAAUGACGGCAUUUGGCACACUAUCGAAGCUAGCAGAGAUGGUGCCAAGGGACGCUUCGUUGUAGACGGUAUAGACGUCGUAGACAAUAGCCCUCCGAUAUUCGGAAACACAUUGGAACACCACGAUACAGUAUUCUUUGGUGGAUAUCCGCAGAUGCAUAAUAUCAAGGAAGUUACGAACAUUGAUUUCGAUGGUUGCAUGGACAAUGUCAUCAUUAUGAGACAUCCAGUUGAUCUUACAGAUAACAUAAAGGCAUACGGUGUAACACCGGGUUGCCCAGAGAAGUUCAGCAGAUUGGUAUCUUUCCAUCCGAACAUAGGAGGUUUCGUCAAAAACUCGAACAUUUCUUCAUCGAACGAUUUCAGAAUGAACUUGAAGUUCAAGACCAAAGCCAAGAACGGCAUGAUAUUCUACGUGACCGAUCGUAAUCACGACUCGGUGAUGUACUUAGCGCUGCAAGAUGGCCGUCUGAAAUUAGUCAGUCAGAAUAUUGAACUAAUUUCCAAUGAAAACAACUUCAACGAUAACGAGUGGCAUGUAGUCAGUAUCAGGCACAACAAUGAAGCAUUGAAAUUAGAUUUCGAUGAUUACGGAUACAAAAUGACCGACAGUCCACCAACUCCUCUGAAUAUACAGUACGGCGACGUCUUCUUCGGUGGAUUACCAAGAUAUUUGGGCUCUAGUAUCGUCACGGGAGUAGAACCAUUCGCAGGUUGCAUCGGCGACGCAACGAUAAACGGAAAGAUCAUAAACUUUGCGAACUUGACAGAAAAGUACGGAGAGCAAUUGGGCAAAUGCAUUUUGGACAAGGAAAUCGGAAGCGAUUCGGACAUUCACAUAGUGCCGGUUCUUCCUCCGCUCGAAGACUUCGAUGUGCAUACAACGACUGAAGCCCUCGAGCACAUAGAUUCUUAUAAUGAAUCGGAUAUUCCAAAACGCGGAGACGGAGGAAUUGACACCGGGGGUAGCGAAGAAGAAGACUUGCCAAAACCAGAAGAAGAAUUGGAAGAUGAUUUAAUACCGCAGACGACAACACCUUGGCCGACGCCAAGGCCGAGGCCCACGGUUACCACGGAGACACCAUCCGCCUGCGCAUUGCCAAUAGAUCCGAAAAUUAUCUACGAUGAUCACCUUUCAGGAUCUUACAGAUAUGGUACUGAAAAGGACAGUCGCUUGGAGUACAACACAGCACGCGGCAAGUACAGGAAACAAUUUGACUUUAAUUUGGAGUUCAAAACGUUGUCCAAGAACGGUAUUAUUUUCUACGUGGCUGAUAAUGCCCACCACAAUUUCGUUUCUCUAUUUAUGCUUGACGGCGAGCUGCACUAUACUUUCAAUAUCGGCACAGGACCAGCUAAGAUAGUUUCGAAGGUGAAGUGGAAUGAUAACGUGUGGCACGAAGUGAUGAUCAGUAGAGAAGGUUUGAAUGGAAAACUGGUCAUCGACAAUGAGCAUGUGGUCGAGGGCAAGGCACCUGGACACGCAACAAAGAUGGAGCUGUUCCCGCCUUACUAUCUCGGCGGUGUCGCUCCUAAAGAUUUAAACAGCGUGAUGGGCAACUUGAACAUGUCCGAUCCAUUCGUCGGUUGCAUCAGAAACUUCCAGAUGAACAACAAAGCGAUGGAGAAUCCAGACUCGCACGGUGUCAUUCCUUGCUCAGAUAACGUCGAGCAGGGCGUGUUCUUCAGCUCGAGAGGUGGUUAUGUAAAGUUGAAGGAAAGAUUCAAGGUCGGAACGGAGUUGGAUGUCAAGAUGGACAUCAAACCGCGCAACCUUUCCGGUUUAAUUAUGGCCGUGCACGGCAGACGCGAUUACUUCGUGCUUGAGCUGGACGAAGGUGCUUUGCGAUUAACCGUGGACAACGGCAAAGGACCCAUCAUAACUAGAUACCAGCCAACUGAAUCGCAUCUAUUCUGCGAUGGACAUUGGCAUAGUAUCCAAGCCGUGAAAUCGAAGAGUGUGGUAACUUUGGCCGUGAACGGAGUUUAUUCAUCGCCGGGUAUAGGCGACCACAAGUCAGCAUCAACCGAUACCGGAGGAUAUCUCUUCCUCGGUGGUCAUCGACUGAUCAAUAAAGCCAAGGGAUUAACAGUGCGCAUCCCUUACGUAGGAUGCAUCAGAAACGUACUGGUCAAUAACAUAGUCAACACCAUCACUCCCAAUAUGGUUGAAGGUGGAAUCACUAUUGGAUCAUGUCCAACCAAUUGAGUUUAAUCAACCCAUUUUUUUUUUCGUAUUAA